UUUUAAUUGACCAGACUUUUGACCGAGUACUUACUGUAAGUACCUCAGAAUCAGAUCCUGGCUGAUAACGAUCUUAUCUUCACGUGACCCGGCUUCUUCCGCGCUCGGAGUCUCUCAUGCGAACCAGCCAGGAAGGGGUUUGAGCAGCUGGCUACCAAGCUCGUAAACCAUCACGAAUUUUCCCUACAGGACGACCUUGUGUAGGCCUUCAACACCGCAUCUUGAGAUCAGUCGUUUUAUCCUCAUGUAGACUUUAUAUCUUCUGUAGCAUCAGUCUAAGACGAUCGAUCUAAGGAUGAUGAGCGGUAAACCCGCUGACGAGGCCGACGCUUACGAGCGCGAGGCCGAGAAUCGUCGCCGUCUCGCUCAGGAAGCCGACGAAAUGGAGCGACGCGAACAAGAACAGGCCGAUAGGCGUCGCCGCGAAGGCUAUCCUCCUGGACCCCCCCAUCACAGCAACGCCGGUUCGAUCCCCAUACACCAACCUGUUGCAUCUCGCGCGAUGGGCGCUAUCCACAGCCCUGGCGGCCUUCUCGCGAACCAUGGUUCAGGGUCCUCCGGUCCCCCAAUGCCCCUUGGUGCUCCAUCAGGGUCUGGCGCAAACUUUGGUGGCCCCCUUCAACCGGAUAAUAGCAGACCUCCGCAGCACGGCGGACCGAAUAACCCGAGUGUCCAGCACCAGAUGUUCGCGCCGAUCCCGCAUACGACCGUUCCACCUAGCAAUUCUCUCGGCGCUGCUAGCGGUGGCCCCCCUGUGUUCGGAGGCCCGUUGCAACAGCGCGACGGCCAGCAACCGAUGCAACAAGGGCUCUACGGUGGCGGUGGUGGGAGCAGUGGCAGUGGUACCGCUGGCGCUGCUGCUGGCCAGGGCCAGACGCAGCAACAAGCGCAAGGCGGCAUUGCCCAUGGCCAGCAACCAAUUUUGAACGUAAGUUACAAUCUUGUAUCGCAAGUUUCGCAUAACGAAAUGACCGUUUGGCGACUCUCUUGCUUGUGGCUUGGCCAUUCAAAGUGGAAAUCAGUGUGGGCUGGUGCGCCGAUACAGGAUGCAGCGCCGCGCCGCGCCGCGUGAACACUCUAUUUCCAAUCCCUCCAUGUCCAUUUGCACCUCUCCUUCAUCAUCCCUCAUUAUAUCCGCCCCCCCCAAAACAAUGCGUAAUUCGUCGACUUGCUCGUAGUCCACAAACCACACGCGACGGCAGCCAUGACGGAGAAGGCGGACA